CGAUAGUCGAAUUGGGAUCCCAGUUGCCUAUGGUGGAAAUGAUCCUUCAGUUGAGUCGCGAACAAGCUAGCGCACUUCAUCCGGUUCUGUUUAUUAAGUUGUCUGUUUGACAUUCGUAUUUGUAGAGUUCUUGCUCACUUUCAUCGUGCCACAAAAAAGCAUCCCUUAGACCUAAAGGUAUUUUCCGGCACGCCUCUCGGGUAGAGUUGAGCACCUGCGACUCGCUUCCAAACACGGGUUACCACACGAGGCAUCCAAGAUUCCACGCCUAAACCGGUUUACCCAUGCGCUAUCUGGUAAAACUUUGCGAUGGGCGGGAAUCCUCCUUCGCCCGUCACGUACCGUGGCAUGUGACAUCGAAUGGGUUCCUGCAGGGCCACCUGGCGGAAGGAAAGGCAUGAGAAAAACUACAGGCUUCCUUCCGGGUUGCCCGAUUCCGAGUAUGAACUCCAUAUCGUUAUUUCCUUUUUGCGCCAACGGCUACACUUUCGAAACAUAGAAAGGAUCGCUCAAGUGCAACAGAACAGGCUGCAACAGCAGUUGCAGUUGGCCAGCCUUGUUCUCGUCGUCCAAAGUCGUGGGUCAACCUGUAUCGCAUGAUCGCCUCCAGGGUGGAACAGCAAAAAGUGCAAACCAGUCGCGCACCGCGCAAGGUGGGACUGUAGGUGUUCGGAAAGCUGAAAGGCGGUCACUGUGGAUGCCUUCUGUCUGCCUACUCAGGCGCGGGGUUGUUGCGCUUCCGCUGCUGUAUUUAUGUCGGCUACAGGGUGCGCCGCAAGCGCGGUUCGGGAAAAAGACGGGGGGGCGCCGUGCUUUCUGCUGCGCUCUUGUGGUCGAGAGGGAGGGCAGUGCAGGAGUCCACGACUGGCCUCCCCGCCCCAAAACACAAUGAGAGUGAAAAUGAAGAGUGGGUGAACUGCGCGGAGAGAUAGAAUAGGGAGAGUCUCGCGUUGGAAAGGCGGUACGGCGGCAACAAGAGAAACGUGUUUUGGAACCGAAUGAGCAGAGACGUCCUUCUUCUGCGGCGAACGGACGCAAAUACAAUACCGCCGUGUCGGAGUCGAGAGGAAAGAGCGGUGCUUGCGACGGGAGUGAGCGGUUGUGUUGCGGAGAUAACUAAGGACGGCGUCGGUGCCGUGUCUGUGUUUCUCAGCAUCAAAGAGGUCCCUGCUGAUUCGAGGGGUUACCUCGUUAGUCUGUUCAAAUCAAUAGUGUUUUGAACAGCCUUUUUUAAAAGACUGACACUACCCCUUUCGCACCAGAGGUCGAAGAUUUCUCAUAACUCGAGGAGGCAAGUUGCGUCAGACGUUGCGGUGCAACACGUGUAUUUCGAGGGCCAUCCUUUUGGAGUUCUUUGUUUUUCGAGCGUCAAAAUGGAGAAGUACAGAAAGGUUCCCAAGGACAAGGAGCCUAUUGGCUCCAACGAGAUCCGCAUCACUUCGGCAGGCAAAGUGAUGAACUACGUGGCGUACGCAGCACGACUUCUGACAGAGCAGAACAUGCGAAAAAUCAACAUCAAGGCAACAGGCAAUGCCAUCGCACGUGCCGUUACCUUGGCAGAAGUCUUGAAACGUCGCUUCAAGGGACUUUACCAAAUCACGAAGUGUGGAAGUACGACGAUCACUGACGUUUAUGAACCAACUGAGGAGGGACUGGACAAGGUCAAGGAAGACCGCGUCGUUUCAUUCCUCGAAAUCACGCUCUCGUUCGAUGCUCUGGACCAGAAAGACCCUGGUUACCAGGCCCCGAUUGAUGAGAGCCUCGUGAAGGAAAUGAAACCCGAGGAAAUUACUAAAACCGGAGGCUUCCGUGACCGCGGGGGCUUCCGCGGAGGCUACCGUGGUGGAUACCGCGGCGGCUACGGCCGGGGCGCCUACCGAGGAGGAGGGGAGUUCCGCGGAGGCUACAGGGGAGGCUUCCGUGGCCGUGGAGGCUACAGAGGAGGCCGUGGAGGAAACUACGAGGGAGAGUACAGGAACGGUGACUAUGGCGCCGAGUACAACAAUGGCGAGUACGGCAACGACUAUAACGGUGGCUACAGAGGCAGGGGGCGAGGCCGUGGAUUCAGGGGAGGCGCGGCCGGUAGCUACCGCGGCGGCCGAGGACGACCGGAGUAAGGAGUCCGUUUUAUUGGGGUCCAGGAGUGUCUUCAAUUUUGGUGUUUCGGCAAACGUCGGUUUGUCCAGACACGCGGAGCCGUAUGCCGAGUUGGGAGGCUGGAAUGAGAGGCGAGUGUUGUGGUGGAAGUCAAAAGAUGGAGCGGGACACUGAUGAAGAGCAGCGCCAGACCUGAGACAAAGGUGACGGGGUGGAGAAGCCAGUUGUGAUGCAAACGGAGUAUGCGAAGGAUCGACAGCGGAAAGUGUAUAUGCGAAGCCUUGCGCAGAAGACAUUUGAAAGGACAAACACCAACAGAAUGGAGAUGCAAGCAGUCACACAGAAAAAGAGAUGGUGGCCGCAGCCGGAAAGGAGGCGAAGGCUCUACGGUGCGUCCGGGCGACAAGACAGUCGGCGGACACUACCGUUUACAGAGCGGUAUCCUUUCUCCCGUUGUAUCCAUGAGAUGUUGCUGCAGCGUUUCCGUGGAGAGGCUUGUUGAGAGAGAGACGGAAAUGUGGCAGAUGGACAGAGGGGACGAGCAGUGGGAAGAGUUUUUCAUGCUGGUCUUGGCCUUUGUUCUUUCUCGCCCCGAUACAUGUGCUUCGCUGGCGCGCGCUCUCCUGUGGAAAAGUGCCCCUCAACGUAGAGGAGUGAAACAAAGGAGAGGAACACGUUCACCUUUCGUCGAUUUCUCUAUACAUUUAAUCUGUCUCGUUCAUCGGUGACUUUCCGCGCCAGUGUCUUGAGAAGACGUCACUGCACACAACCAACCAGAGGAAAAGAAACUCCCAAGUUCAUGCGUCUACUAUGGUUUUUGUGUCCCCGCAAUGCCCAUGGGGAUGUUCCGUUUUGCUUUCCAGCGGAAAGCUGGGAGAAAACUGCCGAGCCAGGCAUUGUCGCUUUUCGUGUACAUGCUUUUCGAGGGCUCGAACGCUUUGGUCGCCCGUCUGUGGGAGAGGCUGACGCAGAACAUAGCUGAGCGUCGUCAGACGUGUUCUUCCAAUGUUGAAGCCAGAGAAAUCAAGCAGCCGGUUGGUAUAUGUGAAGCAGUCAAGAACACAACAAGUGCCUAGCUGCUGUCCACUCCGCAUCAUGCCUCGCAACUAGGAGCACAACUCGUCUUAUUUUCAGCUUGACUUCUUUCAUACAUAUUUCACAAUCGACUGAACCGGCGGCGGGUCCCAACGUUUCUGUACAAGAGGUGCUUGCUGCUGGUGCCCUCGUUCAACAUUUUGAAGAGCGUGAUGGAAUAAUUAACCAGUGUAAUACUGUGGCGCAACACUCAUGACAAGAUAUGAACGGAAAGAGCUCGAACAGGCGGUGUGUUAAUCUUGAACAGAAGGCCGAGGAAUUCUGUGUCGUCCCCGAGGUCACUCGGUAUGCUCCUUGACUGCAACGCAGAGGACGCGUUUGCUGGCGAGGCUAUGCAUGUAUCAAGCAUUAGAAAACGCAGGGAACCCUACAGAAGGAAUCUUUAACGUGCGCCGUGUUGAAGGCACCGGUGCAGCAACGUAUAACCCGUGUGAUUGAAGGGCAGGGAAUCCAAUAGUGAUGCCUACGCGAUUCAAGAGU